CAAGUUAAGGGAGACUGCCUCGCAGGAAAAUGUGAAAAGAUCUCUUUUGAUGAGCAACAACAUGCCAAGCAGAACCAAGAGCUUGUUGGCCGUGUUUUCCACAAUUCUGUUACGUCAAACCCAGUUCAGUGUUACUUAUGGUGUAUUAACGACUGUCGAUGUUUGUCGAUAAACUACAAAGUCAAGGACGAAACCAAAUAUUGCGAGUUGAACGAAGGCAACCAUUUUACUGAAAAGAAAUCUUUUGUAAACAAUCCAGGAUCUAUUUACUAUAUACUGCGAAGAGAAACCUUCACUAAGGUACCAAAUUUUAUAGUUUUAAAAGCUGUUUUUACGGUGCAUGAUCGUUAGUCCAGCUGGGAUAUGUGACAUCUAAAUCUUUUUUGGAUAUAUUUUUAAUCGUCUUGGUUCUAUCAAAAUUCUCUUAAAUAGAAAUUGACGAUAGAUUACAAAAAAUCACCACAAUAAAAAACCAAUGUAUUAUGAUAAACUUCUUAUUGCUGUCAAAAUUGUUCUGCCGCGUGGAUGCUGAUCCUAUCUACGACAUUAUUUUAUGUUAACUCAUUGUUUACCUUAAACCCGAGAUAACAGCUGCGGAAAAAGACGUUAAAUUUUUAACGUAGUUUACAAAACAGAAAACUCAAAAUUUGAAAAAAAAAACCUUAGUAUUGGUCCUUAGUUGCAAGAUACGUACGUCUUUUAUUCAAGUCUAAAGGAUUAUGAAAUUUUCUAUUGAAAAGAGUAGUGAUUUAUUCGGUUUAAAACAUAUCAAAGUGGAAUCAAAACAAUUAUCUUGAGAUUCAAAAAAUUAGAAGGAUAUAUAAGAAAAUCUGUGUUCUCCGUGAAUUCGAACGUCACCUACUUCGCAGUGCUGAAAUGCUGAAAAAUCUUUGAAAUAAAACUUAUUGACUCUUGCAAGAUAAAAUGUAAUCCACUCCUAAAACUCUUGCUUCGCUGAUUUUAGAGAUUAUUUCUCAUUCGGUGAUCUCUCUUGGUAGUCUGAGUGUAACAUUGAAAAAAGAUAGUGCGAUGAAAUAUAAAAAACCCUCCUAGUAUGGGAGAUUUCAGGGAAAUUAAAAGGUAAUCUGCUUGCAAGUUUGAUGAUUUUUAUGUAACAUUAAAAAAAAGGAUCAUAAUGAUAAAAUAAAAGAAUAAUUUGCAUUUUAAUAAAUUUUUGUAAAUAAGGCUCCUAAUGUUCCAUGUGCCACUGACGUCACAUGUAGCAACGGCUGCUGCGGGAACAAACCGUGUCUCAAUGGAGGAACCUGCACUGAGGUCUGUGAGCCCACAAGUGUUCGGUACAACUGUUCCUGUCCUGUACCGUUUGUUGGUAAACACUGCGAGAUUCAGCUGAGAAGAAGCUGUCAGGAUUAUAAAGCAGCCAGGUUCACCACCUCUGGAUUGUACACCAUCACUGAUGACAGAAACCAAACUUUUCAAGUAUUCUGUGAUUUUGAUUCAGAGCCUGGGUUCGCUUGGAACCUGAUUGAGUCAUUCAAUUUGUCCAAUAACCACCUUUUUAAGGUAAUUUUUGUAAAGAUUUUAAAGCCAUAAAGAAAUAUACCUUGUACGUUCUCGUCUACAGAAAAUAACGAGGAUGAGAAAAUUAAGUACCACUCUCGCUAAGAGCGGUCUACUCAACUUCCCGUCGGAAAAAAGUUUUCUUUUAUUUUUUGCCCAUGAAAAGGGUUUAGGACACAUGUUUCAAAAAUAGUUUAGUUGUUCUCCAAUUCUCUUUUUUUGCGUCGCCACAAGCCAAAAAUGAUUUUUGGCCAGACCAUCCCUGUGGACAGCGAUCGAAAGUGUAAAUUUCAAAGAUUUUGUCCAGCGCGCAGCGACUGCAACAAUGUAGCUAACGGAAUUCUACCUUGCUACAAGUUACAAGGCGUAUUCAGUUAGUUCACAGACAAAAUAUGGAAACUUUAUCUGAAAUAUUUUUCAUACCAGCGUGAUCAGAGGAGACCCUUCUCUUCGAACUUAAUUUGCAUAUCAAAAACUCACUACUUUGUACGAAAGAAUUCUCAAAAUGCAGGCGUUAAUCGGGCUGAAAAAGCAUAUCAGUGCAUAGUUUAUACACCAAUGAGGUCACAAAUUGCCUCAAACCCGCGGGUAUAUCUCUAGCUUCCAUCCACCAACUUCUUAAAAACAACGCAAAUCCAUGUGUUUGCUCAAUUGCGUACUAACUUUUUCAGCCCGAGGUGGUCUGGCCAAAAAUCAUUUUUGGCUUGUGGCGACGCAAAAAAAGAGAAUUAGAGAACAACUAAACUAUUUUUGAAACAUGUGUCCUAAACCCUUUCCAUGGGCAAAAAAUAAAAGAAAACGUUUUUCCGACGGGAAGUUGAGUGGACCGCUCUUAGCGAGAGUGGCACGUAAGAGCCCUCAAAAAUGAAAUGCCUUCAUUUUGAAUUUUUUUCUUCGUAAGUUAAGUUCGUCUGUCUUCCUAAAAGCUUUCGUCACUAAUGAUGUCUUCGAAUAAUUCUGUCAACAAAAGAAAUCUUGUUUAUACAUAAUAACUAUCCAGACUCAAGUGCCAUCAGCAGUAAUACCUCAAAUUGAGAAGGGUACGUUAUAAAAAGUUCAGCCUAUAACUUUUGUUUCAAGCUGCUAGAAUCUUAAGUUCAGGAAUAUGAUAGUGAUCUUUACCAACUGAAGUUCAUAUUUUCUGUCUGCAGCUGAUCGUAUUUUACGGUGAUUACCAAGCCAUCAGCGGUGAUGCCCCAAAUUGGCAGGCCUACCUCAUGGAACGACCCUACCUCCUUUGGCUCAGAGAUCACUCGACUCACUGGAGAGCUACUUGCCGAUACGAGACAGAUGGCACCGUACGUACAGAUUACCUGAGAGCCUCGCUUGAAGACUUCGACAUCAUUAGACAAGUACCCAUAGUGACCGAUGACUGUCGACCUUACGAAUAUGUGAACAUCCGGGGAAAUGAGUGUGUGAAUUGCACAGCGAGAACCUGGUAUAAAAAAGGACUUCAUCCUUUCCAUAUCGAUAGUUUCCACCAGAAUGGCUGUGAUUCCAGUGGAAGCAUUUCAAACCAAGCCGUAUACAGCGAGGACAACUUUGGUUUCUAUGACGUGGUCAAUCCCAAAUUUCGAUGUACUUCAAGCCUAAAUGCAACGACUCAGUUCUGGAUUGGAGGCACUUUAUGA